AUGGACAGCAAAACCCCCAAGGUACUAGCAAGUGAGCAACACCUGCAACGUUUCGUCAGCGUGGGAGAUGGAAGCAUCCAAAGCCUCACGAUCGGAAGCCAGCCCCCGGCAGCGGCAGCGGCAAAGACACACUUUACGAAAUGGAACAUUGUCGCUUUUGCCUUUGUGAUCUGUAACAGCUGGGCUGGCGUUGCAGGCAGCAUCCAGCUGGCACUGUUACAAGGCGGACCCGCCACCCUCAUCUAUAGCAUCAUCGUCUCCUCGAUCGCCUACAUCAGCAUUGCCAUCUCGAUGGCGGAAUUGGCGAGCGUCUAUCCAACCGCGGGUGGACAGUACCAUUUCGCGUCGAUCCUGGCUCCCAAGAAGAUCAAACAGGGCGUCUCUUACGCUUGCGGCUUGCUGUCCAUCUUCUCCUGGAUCGCUAUCGGUGCGGCUGUGACCAUCAUCCCAGCCCAGCAGAUCAUGGCACUGGUGGCUGCUCUGAACCCUGGAUUUGAGACCAAACAGUGGCACGUCUUUCUCAUCUACCAGGCCAUGGCUCUUUUUGUCCUCUUCAACAAUCUGUUCCUGCUGAAAAAGGCCCCGUGGACUCACAAUAUUGGAUUCGCUCUCACACUGAGCUUGUUUCUGGCCGGCUUCGUCGCCCUGCUGGUGCGGGCGUCGCCAAAGGCGCCGUCAAGCUUUGUCUGGGCCACCUUCAUCAACUACACGGGCUGGUCCGACGGGGUUUGCUUCAUCACCGGCCUGUCCACCUCCUGUUUCAUGUACAUCGGCCUGGACGCCUCGAUGCACAUUGCCGAGGAGUGCAAGGAACCCAGUCGAACAGUUCCCUUGGCCAUGAUCACCGCGGUGCUCAUCGGAUUCACCACGGCUUUCGCAUAUACUGUGGCCCAACUCUAUGCUUUGACCGAUAUUGAGGCCAUCAUGACCACUACGGAAUACGUCCCGUGGGUGGUGCUAAGACAAGGGUUUCGCUCCACUGCCAUUGCCGCGGCAUUUAUCAUCGUCGCCAUCGUCAUGUCGGUCUUCAUCCUCAACGCCAUUCAGGAGACGUCGUCGCGUCUCGCCUGGUCCUUUGCCCGCGACAACGGCCUGGUGUUUUCCUCCCGGCUGUCCAGCAUCCACCCGACUCUGCAGGUACCGGUAUACGCCCUGUUCCUGACCUACGGGAUACUCGUCGUGUGCGGCUGCGUGUUCGUCGCCUCGACCACGGCCUUCAACGCAUUGAUCGGCUCCUCGAUCGUGCUUCAAGAGAUCUCCUUCCUCAUCCCCGUCGCGCUCCUCCUCCACCGACGACGAGGGCCAAAAUACCUGCCUCGGACACGCUCCUUCGCGCCGCCGUCGGUGGUGGGGUGGAUCGCGAACGUCAUCGUGGUCGCCUUCACCGUCGUCACGACCGUCUUCUUCAAUUUCCCGGCCUUUCUGCCUACUUCGGCCGCGAGUAUGAACUACACAUGUGUCAUCCUGGGUAUUGCCCUGCUGCUCGGCAUUGCGAACUGGUUCGCCCAUGCGAGGAAGCAUUACCAGGGUCCGACGAUCACGUUCGAGAACGGGGGCGACGACGGCGUCCCAUGGGCUGCGACCGUCGCUGAGUGA